CCCAGUCAGGUGUCCUUAGUCAUAGGACAUAAUGUGACUACUUUAAUAGAUCUUCAUAAUUUUAUCUGGUUGACUGCACUGUAAAUUAAUAGUUUUAAUGGUACACAAAUUAAUUUUGAAUUGUGUAGAUCUGUAAUGUGGGCAGUCAGAUAACUUAAAAUGUUUGCAAGCUUAAUGUAGCUUGGGGAAGUAAUAAGAAAGCAAUUUUUCUGAUCUUCUCAUUCUGUAAAAAAGUUUGGUUAGAGAUUUAUACUUUAUUAAUGUGGAUUUGUAAUUAAGUUGCUUGUCUCCCUGUUUUAGGAAUCCAUAAAAAACUUCAACCAAGACAAGCGAUUCUUCUGUGCAAUUCUUUCUUCCCACACUCCUUCCACAGGUGUCAGCCAUGUAGAUGCAAAUACUGUUGUCUUCUAUGACACUGAUUUAGAUCCAUUGAUGGAUACAAAGGCUAAAGAAUGGUGUGAUAAAAUUGCAAGAGACAGAGAUAUUCACAUAUACAGGCUUAUAAGUGGUAAUUCUGUCGAAGAGAGGCUGUUGAGAAAAGGUAUUAAACAUUUGAUUCAAGAAGUGGCUGCUCAGGGAGAUGAUUGUUCAACAGACUUCUUGACUCAGGUUCUUUGCUCUGAAUAUGGAAAAGAGGAUUCCAGAAAGUUUACAGAAGAGACACUAUCUGAGAUAAGAAAUGACAUAGAUUCAGAGUUGUAUGAUUCAAGAAAUACCAUGGUUCCUUCACAGUUAAAACAGCUGGCUAGCUUUGUGGAUCAGCUUAAGCCAAUUGAAAAGUAUGCGUUGAAUUUCUUGGAAUUGUUUCAUACUUUGAAUGAUCAAAAAAGCCAGAAAGUCAACAAGGAGUUAAAGACUGCAAAUAUAAAAUGGGAAUAUCAGCAUGCCAAGGAGCUGGAAAAGGCAGAAGAAAAAUUUCAGCAGGAAGUGAAAGAGGAACUUUUAACAUAUACCAGACAAGAUGCUUAUAACACGGAAUUUGUCUGUGAAGGACCAGAUGGAGAAAUAGAAAUAAUGCCUCUUUGGACUCCCCCUGUUGUACCUGAGAAUCAUGAUGAUGUCUACACUGAUACUGUUAUGUGUCUGAUGUAUACUAGUACCCCGAUUCCAGAGUCUAAGCUUCCACCUGUGUGUGUUAGGAAGGCACGUAAGCGGCAGAGAACAGAUCUGUCAUCUUCCAGUGAGAGAAAGAAGCAUUGCCAUAGAAGGAUGGCUGUCCCUCCACCUUCACUUUUUGAUCAAGUGACUCCAAGAGUAUUGAAAACACAACAGAAGAGCAAAGCUCAGAAGACCCUCCUCUGGGUAAAACAGAAAAGAUAUUUUGCAAGACCUUUGUCAGCUCUCACGAAGUCAGCUGCCGACACUGGGCGAGAUAGUCCUGCAUGGCUAAUUGCUGAAGACUUGGCAUUAUUAAAAGCGGUGAAACAGUUACGGACACUUCCUUUAAACCUUGCUAUUGCGUCACCAGCACAGACAGCAAACUGGGACUUUGUCAGUGAUGUUGUUAACUCUUGUAACUAUGUUUAUCGCUCCCCAAAGCAAUGCCAAAAUCAUUACAUAAAAGCAUUUGCAGGUCCAGAAGGAAAGAACAUAGGUGGUUAUCCGCUUCGUGUUAGACAAGCCUAUGCUAAAGACCAGAAUUCUGAACGUACUCAAAUCUAUAUGAAUCACUUUCAGUUGAUGACAAUGACUACUAGAAAAAGAAGUUCCUCAAAUAGAUCUCUUGCAGAGAACUAUGACAAGCUACUACCUAUGUCUGAGGUUGUUUCCAUCUGUGCAGAGCCUAUGACAAUGCAGGAAAAGGUCUGUUCAGUUUUUCCAGGUGAAUUCCACUCUGCAUUGGCUGAAGAACAAAUAGCUCCACAAUUGCAGGAGCAACAGCCUAGUCAGAAGCAAGAAGAGGAACAAACAGUGGAGCAAAUCCAAACCCAGUGUAAACCACAGGGGGAAACACAGGCUUCAGGAUGUACACUCUCCCCAGCCAUAGCUGUAUUACAGCAGGUGUCCGUGGCACCCGCCAUUCCAGCACAGCUGGAGCCCAAAACCCCCGGGCAGUUUUUUCAAGCAGAAGCAUUUGACAGCAUCAGUUGUAACCAUCACUCUGACAACUGUCCAGAUGCUUUUGAUGACUCUGCUUCUGUCAGAUUUAGUCGCAAAAAGUUCCAGCAGCCAAGUCCCGAUCACCAGACCACGGCGACUUCUUUGGCACAGAGGAACUGGGUACAGAAGUUACCCCGAGGGCAGGCUGCAGGUGUGUGCCAGUCCCUGGAGAGCAAAGCUGGAGACAGCCGGCCUGGGUCCGGCGUACCUGACCUCCGGAGGGGUGAAACGUCUGCUUUGGGCGUGGAAGCUGAAUGCCAUUACCGUGCUUUACUGCUAAACUGUUCCCCAGGUUUUCUUAGCAGUAACUUAUUGUAA